AUGUCACGUUGCAGGGCGUGCGCCUAUCUUAUAAGUUCCGAGUUGCAACGUAAUAGGAAAGUUUUUGGCCCAUUAUUUGUGGAUGAUCCGAUAAUACUAUUGUCAACAAGUCGGCUUUUUUCGAGAAUACUUUAAUUAUUAUUGUUCAAAAUGCCGGUCGAUAUUCCUGGAUUCGCGUAUGCUGCGGUUGUCGCAGCAGGUGGAAUUAUGGGUUAUGUUAAGUCGAAUUCAAUUCCAUCGUUAGGAGCUGGUUUGCUCUUUGGGUCUCUUUUGGGAAUGGGAGCGUAUCGUAUCUCGCAAGAUCCGAAUAAUUUCACACCCCUCUUGGGAACGAGUGCAGCUCUCGGUUGCCUGAUGGGUUACCGGUAUUACAAUACCGGGAAAAUAAUGCCAGCAGGAGUCAUUGCCUUGAUGAGCGCUGCCAUGGUCGUUAGAAUUGCAGCCAUGCAGUUUUAUAAACCCGUGAAACUACAGUAAGCUCUAAACAGAAAGUGUUUACAGAGUCGGAAAUUUUUUAUUUCAAGCGGGACUCGGUGUGUUAUGUAAGAAACUUAUUUAUUUUGAUAAUUUUUGGCGUAUGGUGUAUAGUAGAAUCCACUUCGUUACUUAUAUAGAAUACAUUGUAAUGAAUAUUA